CUUUUGCUGGGCUUUUAAUUUGUUAAAUGAGUAGUCAAUAAGCAGCAUUAAGUAGGGCUGCGGAGAAGCUGGGAUAUUAAUUAUUGGAAGGCGAUUGGUGAUUUCUGCCCUCUAGCUCAGCUGAUCAAAGACUUAAAGAGCUCGAAAACCGUGAUGAUGUGGUAACAGAAAUCUACAGAGUCAAUAUCAGAACUUAAUUCUAUACAUUGAGUGUGGAGGAACUAUGAGUUUUUUUGUGGUUUAAGUAAUUGGAAGUUAAUGACAACCUGUCUAUAAAGGAAUUAGGAAUUGCACAACUGCACAGUGCCCUACAAGUAUACAUAUUGUUCAUUAUUGAAUGAAAGGCAUGCACACAGUUGCAUGCUUAUAUUGUAACACAUGUGAAGUGAAGUAUUUAACAUUGUUUUAAAUAGUUUCUGUUGAUACAAGUGGAUGAAUGCAUUUAACAUUAAUUGUGUACAAUUUUAAGUGCAGCGUAACGGAAAAGGUACGUAACUUCUGAUAGGAGGAUCGAGAAGGAAAAUUGUGCCGAACGGAAGUUAGUACUUAGAGUACUUCAUCUUGGAAAUACUCCAUACAGUAUAAGGAGCCCUCUGACAAAGACUUUGUAAACAAACUAUGUUAUGUAAUGCUCCUGUCAUUUAAUUGGAGAAAUUAAUUAUAGCUGUAAUUGAUUCAGGCUGUGUGGAUUUACCAGAAUCUCUAUUUGGAAUUUGCUUUAAGGAUGGAUGGUGUAUUUUGCAUUGGAGCUAAUGAAUCGCUAGUUAUUUCAUUUUUCUAAUGGACUAGUCUCCUAUUGUUGUCAUUGAUUGGUGGCGGUUUCUAUCUGACAUUGUGUGACUACUGGGGACAGGGUAUAUAUAUAUAUUUGAUUACAUGUGUAUACUUCAAGGUGUAAAGGAUCCACAGAUAAAACCCUGCAUCAAGUGGAAGAUACUUAGAUAGCAGUUUAGUGGUCAAAUAAGAUCUAACUUGUACACUGUACAAAUUUGAUAAUACCAGAUCAGAUAAUCCCAUCCUAUUUGCUGAAUCGACACACUGUUUAAGACCUGUCCGGUUUGAUCCUGCCUGUAAACUUAAAACCCACUGUUUACGGAGCAUUUAAUUAGUUGGGCAUUAAAGUAUUAACUUGUCCUUCGAAAUAAAUUAAUAAUAGAUUUGUGUGUUGGAAUAUUACAGUCUUUUAUUUAUCCGGCCAUUCAGACCCUAGACGAGAACUGAAAACAAACUGAGAGGUGAUUUAAAACUGUGCGCGUUUGACAUUUUGUGUUGUAAAUAUGAAACCUGAAUGCAUCUUCAAAGAAAAUUUGAUUUGAAAUCUAGGUCAAGAAAGCCCUUUAUUUGAGUGCAGUAAAAUUUACUUGUAUAGAUCUCCGAGAUAUUCCGAGAUAUUCCGGGCCAAGAAGAGAGCAACAGGUUAGUGGAUUGACGCAAUAUUCUUUGACGAUUGUGUGUAUACUGGGGGAUAUUCCCCGAUCCUCUAUACAUCUGGAGUAUACACUGCAAUCUUAUAUUUAAAAGAGAAGAUAAUUUUCGUUCAGAGGAAAGGAAAGUUUGUUUGGAGCAGCAAAUACCCCUAUACAGGAUGUAUAUCGCAUAUGUGUGAUAAUAAUUGGGGGAAGCAGAUAUUUUUAUCUUCCACGUGUGGAUUAUAUAAGAUCUUUGCACACAAUGAAGAAGUUUUUUGGAAAAGACAACAAAACCCGUCCCGGGGGACGUCGGAUGUCGCUGCAGGUGAUCCCGGAUAACCACGAGGUCAUCAGCUUUAAGGAUGAUGACAUGGAUGAGACCGCAGUGAUCAAGAUGAUCAACAAACAGAGGAAGCGGAGGGGCUCCCUCCCGGGCCCCCCUUCUCAUGCCGCUAAGGAUCUUGGAAACUUUGCCAUGCCUCUCCUUGAGCAGGGUGUCAAUGAUGCUACAAACCACGGUGAUCUUCCCGAGGGCGAGUAUCGACCCCGCGCAGGGUCCACAGGGUUCAGGGGGCUCUUCAAAAACAAACAACGCAAACAGUCAGGGGACGAUGACAUGAAACACUCCCAGUCCACAUCAGCCAAAGUGAAAAGUUUUUUUGCAGAAACAUUCAGACCUCGGUCAAAAUCUGACCUCUCUGGGGUGAAAAAGCCGGGAAAACGACAUAGUGCCAAAAUGGAUCAGUCCAUGGACGAGAGCCAUCUACGAGAUUCUAUAUCACCUGGUAAAACGGAACAGUUCAGCCCCCCGGGUGGGGGACUUCCCCCGGGGAUAUCUAAUCACAAAGGUCAAGAUCAGGUGUCCCCUAUGGGACAGUUGUUAGGGGGACAGUUGGGUGAUAACAAUAAACAUCGUCAUUCCUCAGGGCAAGCUGAAUUCAUGGAUAGAUUCAGGACAAGAUCAAAUUCAGAUUCCAGGGCAAGACCCCCUAAAUGGAAACUGACCCAACAGAAAAGUGUAAGCCCACCUCACAGUCCUUCAAAUGUAUCUCCCAGGAAGAAUUCCAAUGCGAACGAGCCCAAGUCUGCCCCGCCCCUUAUGAAGGGCCCCUCCUCUCUAACCAGUGAUCACACACAUGCCAUCAUCUACAAAUCCUCAGACCCUCCAGUCAGGGUAAGUCUGCCCCGCCCCUUAUGAAGGGCCCCUCCUCUC